AUGACCAAUCUGGAGUGCAACGCUUGGCUCAGCCAUGGUAACGAUCUAACCGUUUACAUAGAUGGCAAUAAUUUAUCUUGCGCAUGGUUGAGCAUGGUGCUAAGUAAUUACAAUAAUGGCUACUCUAAAAUGCAUCCCGCCGCGAUCGUCUCCCCCGUUGGUAAGCAUUCCUUAGAUGGUAUACCGUGCUGGCAAGGCCCCGAAAACUGGUUUAAUGCUAGAUCGAAAUACAUUAUGCUCGACGAAAGACUUCUAGUGAUAAAUCAGAAGAUACUUGAAGCAGUGCAACAGCAAACGGCAUACCUGAGGAAGUACAUAUGGCGUUCAAUACUGCAAGAGGCAAAUAAAACGAUACAUCAAGAG